UCCGUGUUUUGCAUCGCUCCUCAAUUUGCAUAUUUUCCUCAGACUUUCCGUGCGGCGCUCCAGCCGUUCUUCCAGCUAGAAGGUGUACCACGGUGGCAAUAUCCAUGCGCCCCGCGUUUACAGAACAAUACGCACAGUAGAACCCACUGGAACAUGUGAAUAAUGUUGCCGAAGCUUUCCGAAAGUAGAAAUUGAGCGUUUAAAAAAAAAAAAAAAAUUUGGAUCAAUCGCGUUUUGGUUGCGCACCAUACGAGACACGUGCCUUCGAGGUAAACGGACAGCAGGACUGGGCAGCCAGAUAACGUCAGUAGUCUUGGUUAACGUUACAUUGUUUUUCUCCUGUGUUACAAGCGUGCAUAAGCGGUUAUAACGCCACCAUAGUGGACGUAGACGUCGAGCGGAGGUUCAUUUUGUUUUCGUUUGUGCACCUCGGUUGAUAAUUAAGACGCAGUUGGACAUGUCGGAAGUACUACAAGACAAAAUGAGUCAUUAUGGAAAUGAGGAUGACGAGGGACACCUUUCCUUCACCUGUCGCCUCCAAGACACCAACAACUUCUUCAGCGGCUCGCAGGGGGGGAAACGCCCACCCAAACUUGGACAGAUAGGCAGAAGCAAACGAGUUGUCGAGGACGAGAACGGCGUUGACGAGGCGCUAAAAAACGGGACAGAGAAAACACAGACAGAGGCUUAAACACAUCACCCCCCGGAAGGACAUUGAUUCUCAUUUUCUAUAUGAUAUUUGCAGUUUUGAUCCAAAGACACUGUAUAUAAGCACUUUUAACCCAUGUGGCAACAAGCACUUCCAGUCCCAUCUCCUCUCUCUCCCAGUCCUCAUGAUGAUCUCCUGAGACUUAUACUGGUAGGAUGGGGAAGCAGCCGAGAUGGAGACAGAGACCGAGAUGAAGACAGAGGCGGAGACAGAAAGAGUGAUGGACACAGAGGCGGAGACAGAGAGAGUGAUGGACACAGAGGCGGAGACAGACAGAGAUGGAGACAGAGGUGGAGACACAGAGAGUGAUCAAGGCAGAGGUGGAGACACAGAGAGUGAUCAAGACAGAGGUGGAGACACAGAGAGUGAUCGAGACAGAGGUGGAGACACAGAGAGUGAUCGAGACAGAGGUGGAGACACAGAGAGUGAUCGAGACAGAGGUGGAGACACAGAGAGUGAUCGAGACAGAGGUGGAGACAGAGAUGAAGACAGUGACAGAGAUGAAGACAGAGUCAGACACAGAGAGUGAUCAAGACAGAGGUGGAGACACAGAGAGUGAUCAAGGCAGAGGUGGAGACACAGAGAGUGAUCAAGGCAGAGGUGGAGACACAGAGAGUGAUCAAGGCAGAGGUGGAGACACAGAGAGUGAUCGAGACAGAGGUGGAGACAGAGAUGAAGACAGAGUCAGAGACAGAGAUGAAGACAGAGACAGAGAUGAAGACAGAGUCAGAGACAGAGAUGAAGACAGCGAUAAAGAGAAAGGCGGAGACAGAGAUGAAGACAGUGACGGAGACAAAGAUGAAGAGAGAGGUGGAGAGAGAGAUGAAGAUAGUGACAGAGAUAAAGAGAGGUGGAGAUGAAGACAGAGACAGAGACAAAGAUGAAGAGAGAGGCGGAGAGAGAGAUGAAGAGAGAGGCGGAGGGAGAGAUGAAGACAGAGGUGGAGACAGAUAAAGAGAGGCGGAGAUGAAGAUAGUGACAGAGAUAAAGAGAGGUGGAGAUGGAGAUGAAGACAGAGACAAAGAUGAAGAGAGAGGUGGAGACAGAGAUAAAGACAGAGACAGAGAUAAAGAGAGAUGGAGAUGAAGACAGAGACAGAGAUAAAGAGAGGCAGAGAUAAAGAGAGGCAGAGAUGAAGAUGAGGACAGAUAUAAAGAGAGGUGGAGACAGAGAUAAAGAGAGGCUUGAGACAGAUAUAAAGAGAGGUGGAGACAGAGAUAAAGAGAGGCGGAGACAGAUAUAAAGAGAGGCGGAGACAGAUAUAAAGAGAGGCGGAGACAGAUAUAAAGAGAGGUGGAGAGAGAUAAAGAGAGGUGGAGACAGAGAUAAAGAGAGGCUUGAGACAGAUAUAAAGAGAGGUGGAGACAGAUAUAAAGAGAGGCGGAGACAGAUAUAAAGAGAGGCGGAGACAGAUAUAAAGAGAGGUGGAGACAGAGAUAAAGAGAGGCGGAGACAGAGAUAAAGAGAGGCUUGAGACAGAUAUAAAGAGAGGUGGAGACAGAGAUAAAGAGAGGUGGAGACAGAGAUAAAGAGAGGCGGAGACAGAGAUAAAGAGAGGUGGAGACAGAGAUAAAGAGAGGUGGAGACAGAGAUAAAGAGAGGUGGAGACAGAGAUAAAGAGAGGCGGAGACAGAGAUGAAGACAGUGACAGAGAUAAAGAGAGGCGGAGACAGAGAGAGAGGCAGAGACUGAGAUGAAGACAGUGACAGAGAUAAAGAGAGGUGGAGACAGAUAUAAAGAGAGGCGGAGACAGAGAGAGAGGCAGAGACUGAGAUGAAGACAGUGACAGAGAUAAAGAGAGGUGGAGACAGAGAGAGAGGCAGAGACUGAGAUGAAGACAGUGACAGAGAUAAAGAGAGGUGGAGACAGAGAGAGAGGCAGAGACUGAGCGAGAGAUGAAGACAGAGGUGGAGACAGAGAUGAAGACAGAGAGAGAGAUGUAAACAGAGGCCCAGGUGAAAUAGGUGAAUUCUAUCAUGCAGGGAUUAGGCCCACAGAACUCUUCUAAAACAGGAAUGGCCCAACCCUCCACCUGGAGAGCUACUGGGUGAGCAGCAGGCUUUUUCUCCAGCCCUACACUUUUUUUUACACUAGUCAACCAUUGGUCGUACAAUCAAAACUCCUAAGCAGGCAGCCAACAAAUGUAGCCGUGUAGAAAGGGUCUUUCACACACCAGAUUCGGUCAAUCAAGGUCCUGCGUAGCAGGUGAUUAGUAGAAUCAGGUGUGUUUACAGUAUGUCUGGAGCGUCUGAACCAUGAAACCAGGAGAGGAUGAUGAAGGAGGAAGACGAUGAAUCUAAGGUUCCAGCGGUAGAAAGAGACGAUGCCGUCGAAACCUCACAGAAAUCAGGGAAGGAACGGUUUUAAAUGAUCUACUGAACUAAAGCACACGUUGUUAUAUCAAUCAAAACGUACCAUAUUACAUAACCAUUCUUUCUGCUCUUGAUUCUUGAUGACGACGAGUGCAAACAAAUAAUAUAGGAAACGUGUAAAUAAGAAAUGGUAGCCCCACGUUCUGUUAGCCUGGGCGCCAGUCAGUUCCUGCUGUCCUUGUCAACUCCUUAUGGAAUUGUCAUGUUUGGCGUGACAAUGAGUGAUAAAGAGUUGGCAAGACAGCACAAAUAGAUCUGGGAAUCAGGCGUUUUGUUGCACAGUGGAGAAAAGAAGCAGUGAAAUGGUUUGUCGUAAUCUAACAUAACGUGUCUGUAUAAAGAAGCCUUAUUUAUGGACCCUUUGGAUGCGUAUUUUCCAGGCCUGACUGAGGGACAGUUUUCUAUGUAGAGAAUUACGACGACAGAAUGAAUGAAUGAAAGCGAUUUCUCCUUUUUUUACUUCUUAUGAAUUUUUAUGUCGCCUGAUCAGUUUUUUGCAGCUAUAGAGUCAUUUAUAUACAUUAUACAGGACUGUACACCACAUGUUUGUAACGUUACAAGAGGCUUAAGUCUGGAUUGUUAAAUAUAACUGUACACCCUCCCCUCUCUCUUGAUAAACUAUUUCUAUUGCAUUGCGCAUUAUCGUGUGUGCCAAAUAUCAUGAGGGAUAAAGCAGACCACUUGGUUGUUUAUGUUGUUUCUAUACCUUAUAGCUGUAGACAUUUUGUUCUUCUUCGGUUGUUGCCAUUGUUCAGGGCUACUUCUUACCACUGAAUUACCAACGCAUGCAUGGCAGAAAUGGGAUUGAUGCAUGGCAGAAAUGGGAUUGAUGCAUGGCAGAAAUGGGAUUGAUGCAUGGCAGAUGUGGGAUUGAUGCAUGGCAGAAAUGGGAUUGAUGCAUGGCAGAAAUGGUUUGAUGCAUGGCAGAAAUGGAUUGAUGCAUGGCAGAAAUGGUUUGAUGCAUGGCAGAAAUGGGAUUGAUGCAUGGCAGAAAAUGCAUGGGUUUGAUGCAUGGCAGAAAUGGAUUGAUGCAUGGCAGAAAUGGUUUGAUGCAUGGCAGAAAUGGGAAAUGGUUUGAUGCAUGGCAGAAAUGGGAUUGAUGCAUGGCAGAAAUGGGAUUGAUGCAUGGCAGAAAUGGUUUGAUGCAUGGCAGAAAUGGAUUGAUGCAUGGCAGAAAUGGGAUUGAUGCAUGGCAGAAAUGGGAUUGAUGCAUGGCAACGUUCUAAAGAUGAUCUAGUGUAUUCUGGGACACCUGGUACACAGCUUUGAAUGACUAACCUCCAGAACCAUCUUAACACUACGUACCUUGUACUGUACUGUACUGUACUAUGAUCUUACUGAUUUGUACCGUAGCCUAAUAUCUUGUAAUAAAGAUUCUGAAGAAGUUCAUUAAGAA